GUGUCGUCUCGGGAAAUCUCUAUCUCUCACCACUUCGAGUUUCCCGUCAUGGCGAUCUGCAACAAGGCCUGGAUCUCGCUGCUGCUCGCGCUCGCCGUCGUGCUGGCCGCGCCGGCGGCCAGGGCGGAGGAGGCGGCGGCGGCGGAAGAGGCCGCCCCGGCGGCGGGGGAGGAGGCCGUGCUCACCCUCGGCACGGACAACUUCGACGACGCCAUCGCCAAGCACCCCUUCAUCGUCGUCGAGUUCUACGCCCCAUGGUGUGGACACUGCAAAAGCCUGGCACCAGAGUAUGAGAAGGCAGCUCAGCUGCUUAGCAAGCACGAUCCUCCGAUCGUUCUUGCUAAAGUUGAUGCCAACGACGAGAAGAACAAGCCGCUUGCCGCGAAGUACGAGAUCCAGGGCUUCCCGACCCUUAAGAUCUUCAGGAACCAGGGGAAGAACAUUCAGGAAUACAAGGGCCCCAGGGAGGCUGAGGGAAUCGUUGAUUACCUGAAGAAGCAGGUCGGUCCUGCUUCCAAGGAGAUCAAGGCACCAGAAGAUGCAUCGCACCUUGAGGACGGGAAGAUCCACAUUGUUGGUGUCUUUGCCGAAUUGAGUGGCCCUGAGUUUACAAACUUCCUCGAGGUUGCUGAGAAGCUGCGGUCUGAUUAUGACUUUGGCCACACUGUGCAUGCCAACCACCUCCCACGCGGUGAGACAGCAGUAGAGAGGCCAUUGGUUAGGCUAUUCAAGCCAUUCGAUGAGCUCGUUGUUGACACCAAGAAUUUUGAGGUUUCUGCUUUGGAGGCCUUCAUUGAAGCUAGCAGCACACCUAAAGUUGUUACUUUCGACAAGAACCCUGACAACCAUCCUUACCUCCUGAAAUUCUUCCAGGGCAAUUCUGCCAAGGUUAUGCUUUUCUUGAACUUCUCCACUGGACCAUAUGAGUCCUUCAAGUCUGCCUACUAUGGUGCUGUAGAGGACUUCAAGGACAAGGAGGUCAAGUACCUGAUCGGUGACAUUGAAGCCAGCCAAGGCGCCCUCCAGUACUUUGGGCUUAACGCGGACCAGGCACCCCUUAUUCUCAUCCAGGAUGCCGAAUCCAAGAAAUUUUUGAACUCAAACAUUGAGGCUGAUCAAAUCGUUUCCUGGUUGAAGGAGUACUUUGAUGGUAAACUAACACCAUUCAGGAAGUCUGAGCCAAUUCCAGAGGCUAACAACGAGCCUGUCAAGGUUGUUGUGGCUGACAAUCUCGAUGAUGUGGUCUUCAAAUCUGGCAAAAAUGUUCUUAUUGAAUUCUAUGCUCCCUGGUGCGGACACUGCAAGAAGCUAGCACCCAUCUUGGAUGAGGCUGCUACCACCCUUCAAAGCGAAGCAGAUGUUGUCAUCGCUAAGAUGGACGCAACCGCAAACGACGUGCCUGGCGAUUUCGACGUGCAGGGUUACCCGACCCUGUACUUCGUCACCCCCAGCGGGAAGAAGGUCGCGUACGACGGUGGCAGGACGGCCGACGACAUCGUCGAGUACAUCAAGAAGAACAAGGAGACCGCCGGCCAGGAGGCAGCGGCGGCGACCGAGAAGGCGGCAGACCCUGCCGCCACCGAGUCGCUCAAGGACGAGCUCUGAUUAGGCUGCUUUGCAGCAGUGGUAGAGGGAUCGACAUGGGGUGAGGAGGACCUGGCGCUAACAUGUUUUGACAAGACAGCUUCCAACGCCAAAUUUUGCCGAGGGUGGUUUAAAACAGAGUGGAAGAAAGGAGGGUUGGUUGUUAGAUGUGUUGGCUCCGUCCGGCCUUUACUUACCUGAUAUGUAUCCCAUUGAGAGAAACCUGUACAAUCUCAGAUCAGUGGUGUACUUAGUUAAUUACCGGAAUGUGACAUUAGAGAGGUUCCUGGAGAGAGCUUUGGUAAUAAUAAAUGGCGCUUCUGCUGCCUUGUCGCAUCA